UUGUCCAGUUCAGAUCGCGCACUCGCCGGCAGCAGACGUCUCUCGGCACUUUCGAGUGUUUUGACCAAAUACCAAAAGAUAUACAUACAUUAGUUAGUUCUUCGAUCGCGAGUUUAAACGGUGUCCGCAGAAAUCGGCACGUGCUAAGCCUUAUAGUCAUCAAGUAUCUCACACAAUGGCCAAGAAGGAGGACUCACAGCUGCCCCAGGCAGGUGACUUUCAGGCCCAGGAUUCAGGCGCUGGGCCAGCCAAAAAAUACAGUUACUUUGAUUUGUUCAGAUACUCAACCGCCUGCGAGCGUUGCGUCUUCAUAUUCAGCCUGCUGGUGGCCACCGGCGCCUCCGUUUUUAUACCAUACUUCAUGAUCAUCUAUGGAGAGUUCACAUCCCUGCUGGUGGAUCGGACAGUGGGCGUGGGCACAUCCUCGCCCUCGUUUGCCCUCACCAUGUUCGGUGGCGGCAAGCAAUUGACAAAUGCCAGUAAAGAGGAGAACAGGCAGGCCAUCAUCGAUGACUCCAUUGCCUUUGGCAUUGGCAGUCUGGUGGGCUCAGUGGCCAUGUUUCUGCUCAUCACGCUGGCCAUUGACCUGGCCAACAGGAUCGCCCUCAACCAGAUCGACCGCAUCCGCAAGCUCUUCCUGGAGGCCAUGCUGCGUCAGGACAUCGCCUGGUACGACACCAGUUCGGGAUCCAACUUUGCCAGCAAAAUGACAGAAGAUCUGGACAAGCUCAAGGAGGGCAUUGGCGAGAAGGUGGUGAUCGUGGUCUUCCUGAUCAUGACCUUUGUGAUCGGCAUCGUGUCCGCCUUUGUCUAUGGCUGGAAACUCACCCUGGUGGUGCUCAGCUGUGUGCCCUUCAUCAUUGUGGCCACCAGUGUGGUGGCCCGGCUUCAGGGCUCGCUGGCCGAGAAGGAGCUAAAAGCAUACUCCAAUGCGGCCAAUGUGGCCGAGGAGGUCUUCAGCGGCAUCCGGACGGUGUUCGCUUUUAGUGGUCAGGAGAAGGAGAAUGUUCGUUUCGGAAAGCUACUUAUUCCAGCAGAGACCACCGGUCGCAAGAAGGGCCUGUAUUCGGGACUGGGCAAUGCCAUCUCCUGGCUGAUCAUCUACCUGUGCAUGGCCCUGGCCAUUUGGUAUGGCGUUACCCUCAUUCUGGACGAAAGAGAUCUGCCCGAUCGAGUCUACACGCCUGCCGUCUUGGUCAUCGUCUUGUUCGCUGUAAUCAUGGGUGCCCAGAACUUGGGCUUCGCCUCGCCCCAUGUGGAGGCCAUCGCCGUGGCCACUGCCGCUGGACAGACGCUGUUCAACAUCAUCGACCGGCCGUCCCAGGUGGACCCCAUGGACGAGAAGGGUGACCGACCGGAGAGCAUUGCCGCGCACAUCCGCUUCGAGGGCAUCCGGUUCCGAUACCCUGCCCGUCCCGACGUGGAGAUCCUCAAGGGCCUGACAGUGGACGUGCUGCCGGGCCAGACGGUGGCCUUUGUGGGCGCUUCCGGGUGCGGCAAGAGCACCCUCAUCCAGCUGGUGCAGCGAUUCUACGACCCCGAGGCGGGCAGCGUCAAACUGGAUGGACGGGAUCUUCGCACACUCAACGUCGGCUGGCUCCGCUCCCAGAUCGGAGUGGUGGGCCAGGAACCGGUUCUCUUCGCUACCACCAUUGGCGAGAAUAUCCGAUACGGAAGGCCCGACGCCACCCAGGCGGAAAUCGAGAAGGCAGCGCGGGCGGCCAACUGCCACGACUUCAUCAGCAGGUUGCCCAAGGGCUACGACACCCAGGUGGGCGAGAAGGGUGCCCAGAUCUCCGGCGGACAGAAGCAGCGCAUUGCCAUCGCCCGGGCGCUGGUGCGGCAACCGCAGGUGCUUCUCCUGGACGAGGCCACCUCUGCCCUGGAUCCCACGUCCGAGAAGCGCGUGCAGAGCGCCCUGGAGUUGGCCAGCCAAGGACCCACCACUCUGGUGGUGGCCCAUCGCCUGUCCACCAUUACCAAUGCGGACAAGAUUGUCUUCCUCAAGGAUGGCGUCGUGGCAGAGCAGGGCACCCACGAAGAGCUGAUGGAGCGCAGGGGUCUCUACUGCGACCUGGUCAACAUCACGCGGCGGAAGGAGGCCACCGAGGCGGAGGGGGACGAGGCCCGGCCCCUGCAAAAGACGCAGAACCUGUCUGACGAGGAGAGCGACGAUGAUGACGACGAGGAGGAUGAGGAGGAGGACGGGCAGCCGGAGCUACAAACGGGCAGCAGCCGGGAAAGCGGAUUUAGAGCCAGCACGCGACGCAAGCGUCGCUCGCAGCGUCGCAACAAGAAGAAGAAGCAAAAGGAAGUGGUGCCCAAAGUGUCCUUCACCCAGCUGAUGAAGCUCAAUGCUCCAGAGUGGCGUCUAAUGGUGGUGGGCAGCAUUGCCUCCGUGAUGCACGGCUCCACCUUCCCGCUGUGGGGCCUCUUCUUCGGCGACUUCUUUGGCAUUCUCUCAAACGGCGACGACGAGGAAGUGCGUCGCCAGGUGAUCAACAUCUCGAUGAUCUUUGUGGGCAUUGGCCUGAUGGCUGGACUGGGAAACAUGCUCCAGACCUACAUGUUCACCGCUGCUGGAGUCAAGAUGACCACGCGUCUAAGGAAGCGGGCCUUUGCCACCAUUGUGGGCCAGGACAUUGCCUAUUUCGACGACGAGAAGAAUUCGGUGGGGGCUCUGUGCUCCCGCCUGGCCAGCGACUGCUCCAACGUUCAGGGGGCAACUGGAGCCCGUGUGGGAACCAUGCUCCAGGCAGUGGCCACUCUGGUGGUCGGCAUGGUCGUUGGCUUCGUGUUCUCCUGGCAGCAGACGCUUCUCACGCUCGUCACCCUGCCGCUGGUCUGUCUAUCAGUUUACCUGGAGGGUCGCUUCAUCAUGAAGAGUGCCCAGACAGCAAAGGCUGCUGUGGAGGAUGCCUCCCAGGUGGCCGUUGAGGCCAUUACCCACAUCAGGACCGUCAAUGGUCUGGGCCUGGAGCGACAAGUGUUGGAUCAGUAUAUCCAGCAGAUCGAUCGCGUGGAUUCCGCCUGUCGGCGCAAGGUGCGCUUCCGUGGUCUUGUCUUUGCCCUGGGACAGGCUGCUCCCUUCUUGGCCUACGGUAUCUCCAUGUACUAUGGCGGCAUUCUGGUGGCCGACGAUAAAAUGGACUACGAGGAUAUUAUCAAGGUGGCGGAGGCCCUGAUCUUUGGCUCUUGGAUGUUGGGACAGGCCCUGGCCUAUGCUCCGAAUGUAAAUGAUGCCAUCCUGUCCGCAGGACGCCUAAUGGAGCUCUUCAAGGCCACCUCCACGCAGCCCAAUCCACCCCAGAGUCCCUACAAUACGGUAGAGAAAUCCGAGGGAGACAUUGUCUACGAGAACGUGGGCUUCGAGUACCCCACGAGAAAGGGCACUCCCAUCCUGGAGGGCCUGAAUCUCACCAUUAAGAAGUCCACAACGGUGGCCCUGGUGGGUCCCUCCGGCUCCGGCAAGUCCACCUGCGUGCAGCUGCUGCUCCGCUACUACGAUCCCGUCUCGGGAUCCGUCAACCUUAGCGGAGUGCCCAGCACAGACUUCCCACUGGACACGCUGCGCUCCAAGCUGGGCCUGGUAUCCCAGGAGCCGGUGCUCUUCGAUCGCACCAUUGCCGAGAAUAUUGCAUAUGGCAACAACUUCCGGGAUGACGUCUCCAUGCUGGAGAUCAUCGAGGCGGCCAAGAAGUCCAACAUCCACAACUUCGUGAGUGCCCUGCCCCAGGGAUACGAGACGCGGCUGGGCAAGACCUCGCAGCUGUCCGGCGGCCAGAAGCAACGCAUUGCCAUUGCCCGGGCGCUGGUCAGGAACCCCAAGAUACUCAUCCUGGACGAGGCCACCUCGGCGCUGGAUCUCGAGAGCGAGAAGGUGGUGCAGCAGGCCCUGGACGAGGCCCGUUCCGGCCGCACCUGCCUGACCAUUGCCCAUCGCCUGACCACCGUGCGGAACGCGGAUCUCAUCUGCGUGCUGAAGCGCGGCGUGGUGGUGGAGCACGGCACCCACGACGAGCUGAUGGCCCUCAACCGCAUCUACGCCAACCUCUACCUGAUGCAGCAGGUGGCGGGCUAACCUAACUCAAUGUGGACGAGGUCUUUGGGUGAUACAAAUUAGGCUUUAAUUUAGUAUGUACACUAGGCUAGUAGAACGUGUUGAAAAGUAUUAAGACCAAAUAGAACGAUAAUUCUUGAA